UUUCUUUUAGUCUUAUUUUGCCGAUACUUUGCGAGUGCCGUAAUUUAGAAAAACUGCAAUAAAUUACUAGAAAAACCCUGUGAAAUACAAGUGAAACUUUAGAAAAAUACAAAAAACUAAUCCAUGAAAACAUAAACUAAUCGAAUUUGAUAAAAUAAUUUAAAAAUUUCGUUGAGAAAUAACAUUAAAACCUAAAAUACACGGUCCUUGAAAUAUCUAAAAACUUGAGACACAUCUAAGGUUGACGUUUGCUACCAUCCACUAACAUUCUAUCUUUAUCCCCAUAAACAACAGACAACACAUUCUACGCCAUGGCAUUGUCUUUUGAUGCUGCUGCCAGUGAAGGUCCCGGCUAUGUGGGCAUUCGUUUCUGUCAGGAGUGCAACAACAUGUUGUAUCCCAAAGAGGACAAGGAAAAUAAGAUCCUAAUGUACGCAUGUCGUAAUUGUGACUAUCGUCAGGAGGCCGAUUCCAAUUGCAUUUAUGUGAACAAAAUUAUGCACGAAAUCGAUGAGUUGACACACAUUUGCCCCGAUGUCAUUUCGGAUCCAACGCUGCCACGUACCGAAGAUCACGAGUGUCCCAAGUGUGGUCAUCGUGAAUCUGUGUUUUUCCAGGCUCAGACUCGACGUGCUGAAGAGGAAAUGAGAUUGUACUAUGUUUGCACCAAUCAAAAUUGUACUCACCGUUGGACUGAAUGAAUGAAUGGCAUUCC